GCUGUUAUGGUUGCAUUGGGUUUAACUGGCAUUACUGGCUGUAGACUGUAUUGAUGUCUAUGGACGUACGGUCCUGAUCACCAGGAGAGAUGAGGACAGUGCUUAAGAUUACACUUGUUCUUGCCAAUGUUGGCCUUUGUCUGGGAACAGGUAUGACAAAGGAAGGGUGUGAAUUGGGCUGGACUCAUCACAAACGUUUCUGUUACCAGUUCAACGUUCACCCUGUAGAGUUUAUUACUGCUAGGGAGAUCUGUAGUACAAAAGAUGCCCAGCUAGUCAGCAUAUGGAACUUUGCUGAGGAGGAGUUUGUUCUAGACAAACUCUGGCAGGGAACUGACAAAGCUCACCUGUCAUGGCUUGGCUUCACGUUCGACCCAGAGGGUAAAAAACAGAGGUAUAGCUGGAUCGACGGAUCGCUCUCUGACUAUUUGGAUAAAGAUAUGCCUGAUACUGAUUUACCCUUGUGUGGAACUAUUAAGGGAACUGGAGAACGUCAGUUUUGGGACUGUGAGGAACGCAUGUCCGCAUUCAUAUGCAAAAAAUCACUUCAGAUGGCCUAUGUUGUCAGCGAAGUUUUCAAUACCAGUUACGUCAACAUGUACAGAUCCGAAGAUCCCGAAAGAAUGCUGUUCGAACGUGUUUGGCCACCGAAGCUCGAGGAGGUUCCCAAACAUCUGACACGAAUAGCUACUGCACAGGUGUCGCAGGAAACAGAUUGUGCUAACCGUUGUUUCCACGUGGAUGAUUGUCGUGGGUUUAUGUUGACUUGCUUAUCUGCCUGGAAAUGUAAUCAGUUUUCGUGUGAUCUUUAUCAGCCAGCAAAUAACUAAAUAUGGACCUUUGUGCAAUUCAAUGCUCAACUAUCCGUCCAUCUUAAAUGCGGGGCCGAUGUGACAAAAUGGCGGUUUAUUUUGUCUUGUAAAGUAACAGAAACGAAGUUCGAAUCCGUUAAACUUCUUGCCAAGUAUUUGUUAACUGAUUUUGUUAUAUCUCUUAAUCGAUAAACUAAGACAAAAAUGUGUACUAGCACUCUUCGCUCUGGUAUUUGUUAUUUACAUCUUUGUUCAAGUAAACAUCCUAAUACCGAACCUCUUGUUGUUCCUUACAGAAAUACUCUUGUAUUUAUAACUA